GGUUUUAUAGAGGUUUUAGGGUUCAAAGAGAUCGAAAAGAGCAAUAACAUUAAAACAAUGGCUACUUGGGCAAUAACAGGAAGAUCUGCGUCUACAUUGACGCGUGCAGUAUGGAGAGCUUCAAAUGCAACAAACUCAGCAACGACAAGAAUUUCGCUUCCAGCUUCGAUUCGCUCUUGGACUCGUCCCAAUUUGACUCUUCGCCAGUCCCGAAUUCCCCCUCCUUCUCCAAAGUUUUUGCGGCGAGAAUUGAGCUCACUUUUACCUGUCCAUAGCGUGAUUGCUUCCGCUUGUCUUGUCUCCAAGCUUCCCAGUGAAGCCAGCACCUCUGCCGAAGGUAGAUUUGCUAAUUAUCUCAGUCCCAUCUAGUAUGGAGUGCUUGCAAAGGUGAAUGGUUUUCUUUGUCAUAGUUGAAUGGCCAAUCCAUUUCUACAGAGGUUAAUUGCUGAACAUUUUUGUUUCCAUGUCUUUAAUUUAGUAGUCAGCUUGGAGUUAUCUCUUGAAAUUCUCCUACUCUACCGUUUGGUGAAUUUGGUUCUGAUGGGCGGAAAGAUGAUUUUUGUAUUUGUAUCUUUUGAAUCAUCUAAGUAUUAACAUGGGAUAAAAAGCUGGUAACGAUGCCAGGGGUAUGAUUGUGAUGGUUGCCAUUGUACCUGAUUAAUCAUUAAUGAAAUCAAAUUAUUAACUGCUGGUAGUGUA